GUGCUGCUGGUCUCUGCAGAAGAGAUAGAGGAAAUCACAGCCGAUGCAGGGUGUCGAGCCAGUCCGCUGCUCUGCCUCUCCCAGGACUCCCUGGUGGAUUUUCUCAGGCCAGUGAGAAUCCAGCUGCCCCUCCCGCCCGGGGUCACAGGGCUAAAUUUGGAUCGGUCAAGGCUGCAUCUUCUCCACGGCGACCCGGAGGGCCAAACCUGGGAUGACAUUACCAGUCAGGUCAUGCUGGAAUUCACCCAUCUUUAUGCAGUGUUUGAAGUCACCCACUUCUCCUGGUACUGGCUGUGGUACACCACCAAGACCUACAUCGGAGGCAUUGCCAAGAAGGUCUAUGAGCGGCUGCGUAUGUACCAGGUGAACUUCAUUGCUCUGCAGAGGAAGAAGGACCCCGAGCAAGUCCUGCUACAGUGUGUCCCCAAGCACAAGGUUGACCCCGUGCUGAAGAAGCUGCAGGACCGCUAUCGAGGACCUGAGCCAUCCGACAUGGUGGAGAUGUUUGAGGGAGAGCAAUUUUUUGCAGCUUUUGAGCGAGGCAUCAGCAUUGAUAUGGAUCGCCCCGACUGCGUGGAUGGACGUCUCUCGUUCAUUUUUUACUCCCACCUGAAGAACAUGAAGGAAAUCUAUGUGACCUCCCCUGUGGACAGGAAAGGCCAAGCUGUAAAAGGCCAGGUCUCUUUCUACCGAGGGGCUGUUCCUGAGAGCAUCCCUGAAGAUGCCAGCAGGAGGAGGAAAGGACCAGACUCCCUCUGGCUCGCUACUCUGCCCAUCAAACUGCCUCGAUUGAAACCCCGCGGGGGGGAGAACCCCAGUCCCUUGAAUGGCUUCUCCUUCCCUCCCUUGAACCUGGGCAAUGCCGAGACGGGCUACCUGACGCAGGCCAACCUGCUGAGCAUCGCCAGGCGCGUGGGAGCGGACUGGCAGACCAUCGGCCUGAACCUGGGCCUGACCUAUCAGCAGAUUGAGCGCAUAGGGUACAAUAACAGAGAGGACCUUGAUAAGCAGAUCCUGGACAUGCUUUUCUCAUGGGCUCAGCAAAACUUGGAGGAUCCUGACUGUGUGAGCAAGUUGAUUACAGCCAUGAAAGAGAGUGGCCGCCAGGACAUCGCUGAGGAGGUCGAAACCGUCGUGGAGCUGGGACGGCAGAAAUACAGGGAGUCCAUCCGCCGGGUGGGCUUGGAGCAGGAGAGCAGCACUGAGGACUCUGCCAUAGCUAUGAUGUAG